CCCAAUCCACAGCUGCCUUUAGUCACUGCAGCUCGAUGUGGACCACCUGAUGCCUGCUGCUCUCUUUUAUCACUCCUGUCUGUCCAGGGCUAUCAGGCAGUUAAAGGGCAGUCCCAUGAUUCAUGAUAGGGAAAGAUAUGUUUACUCUAUAAAAAUUACUUAUCAUACUGUCUAUCACUUGAGUUCCUGCUGGUUGCUGGAGCGUGCUGCUUGCUCGCGGUGUAAUUGCAGUGAUCUGAUGCACUGCAGAUAUUUGUGCCUAACUGCUAAUACCCUCUGAGGCUGGGGCACACUAAUCGAGUAGACUUUGGCAUUUUUGUAAAUAUCAUUAGAUAUAAUCUACUACAGGGAAAUGACUAACAACUUUUUAUUUUUUAAAAAACAACAAAUUAUACUUUUUAUCCUUUUAUAGUUACUUUUAAUGAUGUGGAACAUCCAUGAAACAAUUUGAUUCCUAUUUUCACUUGUUUUACAGCAGCUAUAAAUAGGUUUUCCAGACCUCUAGAUUUUGCUAUAUAUUGUAGUCUGGUGGUUUUCACCAAGGCCCACCCAUUUCCGGAACAUGCCCGCAAACUCACAAAGAUAUCUCAAUUAUACACUGCAAACUGUUUCAUACAAAACUCUUAAAUAACAUGUAAAAACAUGAAAACAUUUGAAGUAGUAAUAUCACCAUUAAGACAGUCACGUUCUUAAGGUUUGGUAGAUUGGCAUUGCAAUAGUGAAUCAGCCACUACACCGUCAGAGCCUUUCUUAUGCAGAGUGCAUCAUGUAAAAUCCUCCACAAACAUGCCGCAUGAGCCUUUGGUUGCUGUUGGACAACUCUAAAAACUUGGUGAGAACUUAUAUACCUGUAUAUAUUGCUAAAUACUGGAGUGUGAGCAAAAGUGCCGGAGCUUCCUUUUCGUUAGCCGAUUAAACUUUCAGAGUAAAAGUAAAUUGGUUGUCCGAAGAGCGUCUUGCUGGAGAAGAACAGCUCCUGCACCAGUACCUCCAGGCAUCACUUAAUGGUGAAAUCUGCAAUGAUGUCUUGACAGCUUGGUACAGAAUUGAUAGGUGGAAUCAUAAGAUGCAUCACAUGCAUCUUAUUUCAGCACAAAUAAGCAGCAAUUAUAAUAAAUUACAUAGCCACACUUUUGCAGGAAAGACCAGUACAGCCUGAACUUUAAUUAUGCAACUGGUACCCUGUCCAACCUGCUUAGCGAGAGUCAGCGCUGAUAUGACUAAAGUCACAGUUUCCUGUAUUCAAAGAAGCCAAGUAAAUAUGUGGUCUAAGACUCUGAGGUGGUGUCCUUAUCUCUGAAAAACCUCGUCAAGGCUCCAGGCUUAGGGCCAUACUCAGUAGGCCAUGGACUGUAAGGUAAUAGACGGAGGCAGGAGGUGUCUGCGCCUGGCCACCAUGAGGUUGCCGUACAUCUUCUUGUUCCUGCUGCUGUUCAGCGCCGGAGGUUUGCUGCUCCUGCUGCAUUUACAGUACCUCACAGAAACCCUCCAUGAACAGGCUCCAGGUGGAAAGCUCAUAUUCCCACAACAGCAGCCGGACCAGUGCCCUUAUUGUCUAGACAAUAACACACACACCUCUAGUCCAAAAGACAGCCAAAAGCUCAGUCGUGUUCGCCCAGGAAAACUCUGGAAUCAACGGUCUCUUGUCACUCACUCCAAAGGCAUCGCACCGCAAAUCACCAAGAACUAUCGCAAGCUCCUUCUGAAGAGUUCAGCCGUGCUUCGGCAGCUCAACAGCACUCCUGCUGGCCAGGCUUCCAAUCACAUUCACAGGCUGACCCAAAUACAGCAGUCCCGCCGCAAGCUGAUGAGAGACGUGUGUGCCAAAUACAGAAGCCUCACGAGGACCGUAAGCCGCAGGCAGGUGUCCCGCAUCUAUGUAGAGGACACACACAAGCUCCUGUACUGUGAGGUGCCCAAGGCAGGCUGCUCCAACUGGAAGCGUGUGCUGAUGGUCCUGCAGGGCCAGGCGUCCUCCACAAGGGAGCUCCGACAUGAACAGGUGCAUUAUGCGAACCACUUAAAGCGACUGGACUCUUUCGACCACAAACAAAUUGCCCAUCGCCUGAAUACCUACACCAAAGUGCUCUUCCUGAGGGAGCCCUUCGAGAGGCUUGUCUCAGCUUUUCGGGACAAGUUUGAGAGCCCGAACUCGUACUAUCACCCAGUGUUUGGGAAGCCCAUCAUUGCCAAGUACCGUGCUAAUGCAUCGAGGUCAGCCCUGCUCACUGGAGAGGGUGUGACCUUCAAAGAGUUCAUCCAGUACCUGCUCGAUGUUCGGCGUCCUGUGGGGAUGGAUAUCCACUGGGAGCGUGUGGUGCAGCUUUGCAGCCCCUGCCUCAUAGACUACGACUUCAUUGGCAAGUUUGAGACAAUCGAAGAGGAAGCUAAUUUCCUCCUUAGGCAUAUCGGAGCGCCUGCUAACCUGACUUUCCCCAGCUUUAAAGACAGGAACCCGAAUGCAGCCAGGACAUCCUCACGCAUUACACAAGAGUAUUUUUCUCAGCUGAGUUUAAAUGAGAGGCAGAAAACCUAUGACUUUUUCUAUAUGGAUUAUCUAAUGUUCAACUAUUCCAAGCCAUUCUCAGAUUUACACUGAGGAGUUUGUGAAUGUAUAGACUGAGAACUUUUCAGUUGUUGGUCUGUUGUUUGUGUUUUACUUCAGUCUAAUUAUUAAUUAUUUUCUUUAUUUAAUUUCGCUUUUUAAUGUAAUUCAUCAGUCUGUUUAUUCUGGCUUCGGCAAACUGGUUUGUGCAAGCCUACACUACUCUUUCAGAUCUCAUAAACGUAGACAUUAUCACUCACUCUGUCACUCACUUUCAGUAAUCGCUUUAUCCUGAUCAGUGUCGCCGUGGAUCCGGAGCCUAUCCCGGGAACACUGGGAAUGAGGCAGGAAAUACACCCUGGCUGGAAUGCCAAUCCAUCAAAAGGCAUAAACGGGGAUAUUAUGAAGGAAUAAAACAUGAUGGCGUGUUCUAUUAUAGGAAAACAAUUUACGACUGGGUGGUGUGAUGUGCCCUAAUGCAAUCUUUUUUUUUUAUAACAGCACAUCCCAAAGUGUUUUAUUCCUCUUAUACCACAUAAUGUGUAAUAUCUGUGAAACAGGUUAGUUGCUGUUAUCACUUUCAUUAUAACAGCUAUAAACCUAGCCUCUCUUUUUCUCUCUCUUGAAGCUAAUAAGAAACAUAAAACCUCAAUAUAACUAAAAAUCGCUAAGCACAAAGCCAUCUGUCCUGAAGAUUUUACCAUGAUGGAAAACAUAAUGGAACAGCUUUACCUCAGAGCACUCACACUGACUGAAGUCUUCUUUCAUAAACAUUGAAUAAACGUCUCCUUACAAAAAGGAGUGACAUUUAUAUAUUUUUUGUUGUUAAAUAACAACACUUUUUAAAAGUAUUUGUUUAUAAUUAACAGGCUUGUGCGAUAUAAUGAUUUAAUCAUCUCCACACGAUAUUACACUGCCACGAUAUCCAGUAACGUUUACUCCGAUUAUAUUAUAUUACCAGAACUGCCAACCUUUACACAUUUCGCUGAGAAGCUCUGCAUUUUAACAUGGGGGAACAUUAGUACCAGUUAUCCCUUAAAAAUAUGCCAAAAGAGCAGUCUUUUUCUCCACAAUAAAACAGCAGAUGAGCCAUUGGACACAUGAACCUGAAAUGAUUUGUGCAGACAUUUUGAACUCUCAGUAUUAACUGACUCUGGCUAGAUGCCUUGACCCCUUCUCCCUAACUCACAUGCUCUGUACUAGGCUUAAAGGGAAAGUUUGGAGUUCAUUAAUGGGAGAUAAAAUUGACUGGGAGGUGUGAUGAAUAAAAUGUAUCGAUGUAUGUUCAGCUUAGCUAACAGUAUACAAGGAUAUAUUUAACAUCAUUUAACUAUGUGUUUUCAAUUCUCGGCCACAAGAGAAAAAAGGAUAACAAUUUUGAACUAAUAAUAUUAAAUAGACCUACAACAAAGUGUCAGAUCUAACACAUAUUAAUGAUCAUGAUCAUUAGAAAGUGAUUAAAUACGCUUUGUUUGCUGUAUGUGCAGUCAGCACUCAGACGCGUUCAAACACUUUGAGCAGCAGAAAAUCAAGUCAAAAUCUCGACCA